AUGGAUCAAGGAGCACAAAAAGAGCAAACGACGCCGAAAGAAGUGAGCGGAGGCAAAGAGAAAGCGCCGAAGGAGCCGCCGCCGAAGGAUAUCAUCAAAGGUAGCAAUCGCGCUCUACCGCAAUCCCACGUGAAAACCCUCCUGCGGCGACGACAAACUCUUUAUAAAAAUUCAGAAAUUUUCCAGAAUCGCCGAAGGAGUUCCCGUCGGGCCCGGUGCCUGCGGACGUGCGCACCGCCAAGUACUACCACGGGAUGAUCCCGCGAGUGGACGCGGAAGCUCAGCUGCACGCGUGCGGCGACUAUCUUCUGCGGCGCGCCGAAAGCAAUCAGGGAAUGUUCGUGGUGCUGUCGAUCAAGCGCGAAAGCGGCUUCUGUCACAUUCCGUUGAGUUUGGACAAGGAGACGAAGCACUUCUUCUUCGAUCCGGCCGUCAAGGAGCCCACCGUCACGGACGUCAUCGGGGUGCACAUGUGCGUGGGCAUUUGAAUGUGAAUGCGCUCUGUUGUGAUGUUUUCUCUCCCCGGAGAUCACAACAGAGCGCAUUUACUUUCAAACGCCCCGACAGUGAAGAAUUCAAAAAAUUUGCAGUUCGCGCGGGCUGCCAGUCAACGUCCGCUGGAACAUUUGCCUGAAAAAGCCCAUUCAUCGUCCGGUGUGGCUCCUCCGUCACGACGACGUUACGCUCGUCAAGAAGAUUGGCGCGGGCGCGUUCGGAGAAGUGUUUCUCGCGAGAAUGCUCGACCCGACGUCUGAAUAUCAGUUGGAUUGUGCAGUCAAGACGAUGAAGCAGGAGGCGUCGACAGAGGCGAAGCUUCGGUUCUUCAAAGGUCUCUUUUUGUUUAAACUCUAUUUGAAGCAUCGUAUUGACUGCUUCAGAAGCCCGAAUGAUGCGCAAAAACUACCGUCACAACAACAUCGUCAUGAUAUUCGGAAUGGCGACACUCUCGAAUCCGCUUCUCAUCGUCAUGGAACUGUGUCCGAGUGAGUGCCACGCGCAAGUUUGGUUUCGACCGAAAAACGCAUGUUUCAGACGGAUCGCUAAUCUCGUACUUGCGCAAGAACAAGGGAAAAGUGAGCGCACUCGAAAAGUUGCGAUUCAUUUACGAAGCGGCCAGUGGACUGGCGUAUUUGGAAAGCCAGCGUUGCAUCCAUCGCGACGUGGCCGCCCGGAAUUGCUUGCUUUCCGCCAAGAAUGUGAGCAUCCGUGGAGGAAAUUAAGGACAAGGCUGAUAAUUUUGCAGGAUAUCAAGAUAUCCGACUUUGGAUUGGCCGACGAUCGUGUACUGGUCGUCGACCAUUCGCUCGACAAACUGCCCAUCAAAUGGCUCGCGCCCGAAACGAUGCAAGAAAAGAUUUAUUCGCUCAAAUCGGACAUUUGGGCCUUUGGUGAGAGUUGUGCAGAAAAAACCCGCCCGCCGCCAGUCGACAAUGCCCAUUCUUGCAGGAAUCAUGGUGUGGGAGACGUACGCGGACGGCGACGAGCCCUACCCGGGCCUUUCGAACGUGCAAGCCCGUGCCAAAAUUGUCGCGCAGGACUACCGGAUGCCGCUUCCGGAAGAAACGCCCCCGGAAGUUGUGGCCAUCGUCGAUGUCUGCUGGGACAAGAACCCGGACAAGCGGCGGCAGAUGUCCGUGCACGCGACCGCCCUUCUGCAAAUCUACGAAGCGAAGGCGCCGGCGCCGUACCUCUCGACCGCCCCCUCGCCGGUUUCUCCGUCACCGAUCAUUCCGAUGGUCCCGCUGACUCCCACUCUCACUCCGUCCACCGAUCCGUCACUGCCGCCCUCUGAAAUUCUCUUUUCUUCUGUGAAACCUGAAUAA